GAAAAAUCAGCCGAUUAAAUUAAGUGAAGAUUGUGAAACUGGUCCAAUCCCAUUUAAUGUAAACGUUUACGUCACCGCCAACACUGUUGGUUCAACAAUACGUUUUUUUUACUGUAUUAACAAUUAAUAUUAAUAUUACAACAGAAGAUAGAUAGCGAAUAUGAUAGGGAGAAUCGCAGGAAAGUUACAUUAUUCAAGUGUUAAGGCUACAAUCACACGUGUUAUGUGGUUAUCAACGUCGAGAUCUGUCACAGCAUCUAAAGAUGCUAAAGAAGCAGCCAGCACUCAAACAAACAUGGAUGAGAUUCUUAUAAAAGAUGUUGGGGAUAGUGGUGUGAUAGUUUUAAACCGGCCUAAGGCAUUGAAUGCCUUAAAUUUGACCAUGGUCCAGAAAAUAUAUUCUACCCUUAAACAGUGGGAACCUUCAAAGAAGCUUGUAAUAAUAGAGGGUGCAGGUGAGAAAGCAUUUUGCGCAGGUGGUGAUGUCAAAUCGUUAGUCCUGGCACUGAAUGAACCAAAAGGGGAGCUUCUGGGUGAAGAGUUUUUCAAAAAAGAAUAUACCUUAAAUCAUUUAAUUGGAACAUUUAAUAGACCUUACAUCGCUAUUAUCAAUGGAAUAACAAUGGGAGGCGGUGUUGGAUUAUCUGUGCAUGGCAAAUACAGAAUUGCAACAGAGAAAACUCUAUUUGCUAUGCCUGAAACAGCGAUAGGAUUAUUUCCUGAUGUUGGAGCGACUUACUUUUUAUCUAGAUUGAAAGGAAAAUUGGGUAUCUAUCUGGGUCUAACAGGACACAGAUUGAAAGGUAUCGACGUUCUCCUUGCUGGAAUUGCAACGCACUUUGUACCAUCGGAGAAACUCGCAGACUUGAAACGUGAGUUGCUAACAUUGCGUGAUGUCGACAUUGAACCGAUUUUAAACAAAUAUCAACCAAAAUUAAAUCACGAAUUCAGCUUGGCGCCUCAUAUGUCGCAGAUAGAAAAUUGUUUCUCUGCUCCAUCCAUCGAAGAGAUAAUAGAGAGAUUAAAGAAAGAUAAUUCGGAUUGGGCGCAAAAGAACAUGGAAACACUACUCAAAAUGUCUCCCUCUUCUCUCAAAAUUACCAAGAAAGCGAUCGACGAAGGAAAAGGAAAAUCCUUAGCAGAAUGUUUGAAGAUCGAAUAUAGAUUGGCUUGUACUGCUCUGAAUAGAGAUGGUGAUUUCUACGAAGGUGUUAGAGCUCUCUUGGUCGACAAAGAUCAGAAACCAGUAUGGAAGCCAAUAUCCUUGGCCGAUGUAACUGAUGAAUAUGUAAAUAAACGAUUUGCAGCGCUUCCUGCGAAUAAAGAAUUGCAGUUGUGCGCCAGCAAACUAUAGGAAUUAAGAGAGAAAUUCUUUUAUACAUACUGUGAACAUAUUAUGAAAACAAGUUCCUAAGAACUUUAUUUUUGUACCCUAGUUUUGUACAGAUUAAGAUUUAUAUUAAAAUUGUUAUUAUAUGUUGUUACAUAAUUAAUUUUUUUAGGUUUAAUCUUCUAUAUUUUUCGUAACCGAUUAUACUGAGUAGAAUUUAUCAGAAUCUCUAUUUUGUAAAUGACGCACUGUACAAUUUUCUAUAAUAUAAAACGUGUUUUAUUGAUGUAAAAUAAAUGAAGAAAACAUAAGUACUUACAAUCUAA